AUGCCCUGUCUCCUCCCCAGCCUCAAGCUGGAAUGUGAGAAGCUGGCCAGUGAGAAGACUGAAAUGCAGCGACAUUAUGUCAUGACCCCGCUUCAGUCCGGCCAGCCCUUCAAGUUCUCGAUCUUGGAGAUCUGCGACCGCAUCAAAGAGGAAUUCCAGUUCCUCCAGGCGCAGUACCACAGCCUCAAGCUGGAAUGUGAGAAGCUGGCCGGACAUUCCACUGGCUUUUCUUUGCAGUACUAUGAGAUGUCCUACGGGCUCAACGUUGAAAUGCAUAAGCAGGCCGAGAUUGUGAAGCGCCUCAGUGGCAUCUGUGCUCAGAUUGUCCCGUUCCUGACUCAGGAGCAUCAACAGCAGGUGCUACAGGCCAUGGAGCGUGCCAAGCAGGUGACUGUGGGGGAGCUGAACAGCCUCAUUGGGCAGCAGCAGCUCCAGCCACUGUCCCACCACAUCCCCCCUGUGCCCCUCACUCCUCGCCCAUCUGGGCUGGUGGGUGGCAGUGCCACGGGGCUGCUGGCCCUGUCCGGAGCACUGGCUGCCCAGGCUCAGCUGGCCACGGCUACGAAGGAGGACCGGGCAGGUGUGGAGGCUGAGGGGUCCAGAGUGGAGAGAGCUCCGAGCAGGAGUGCAUCCCCCUCGCCCCCUGAGAGCGUGGUGGAAGAAGAGCGACCAGGCGGCCUGGGCGGCAACGGGAAGCAGCAAGCUGAGGAAAAAGAUCUGUCGGGACCUUAUGAGAGCGACGAGGACAAGAGUGAUUAUAACCUGGUGGUGGAUGAGGACCAACCCUCUGAGCCCCCCAGCCCAACUACCACCCCAUGUGGAAAGGCGCCCAUCUGCGUCCCUGCCCGUCGGGACCUUGUGGAAAGCCCAGCCUCCUUGGCCUCCAGCCUCAGCUCACCGCUCCCCAGAACCAAGGAGCUCGUUCUGAAUGACCUUCCUGCCAGCACCCCUGCCUCCAAGUCCUGCGACUCCUCCCCGCCCCAGGAUGCGUCCACACCCGGGCCCAGCUCGGCCAGUCACCUCCGCCAGCUCGCUGCCAAGCCAACGCCUUCCACGGACAGCAUUGCCCUGAGGAGCCCUCUGGCCCUGCCCAGUCCCUUCACCGCGUCCUUCAGCCUGGGCUCCCACAGUGCGCUUAAUGGGGACCUCUCUGUGCCCAGCUCCUACGUCAGCCUCCACCUGUCCCCCCAAGUCAGUAGCUCUAUGGUAUAUGGACGCUCCCCCAUGAUGGCUUUUGAAUCUCAUCCACAUCUCCGGGGGUCAUCCAUCUCUUCCUCCCUGCCCAGCAUCUCUGGGGGAAAGCCGGCCUACUCCUUCCACGUGUCUGCGGACGGGCAGAUGCAACCAGUGCCCUUCCCAUCCGAUGCGCUAGUGGGUGCAGGCAUCCCACGGCACGCGCGGCAGCUGCACACACUGGCGCACGGCGAGGUGGUCUGCGCGGUCACCAUCAGCGGCUCCACGCAGCACGUGUACACGGGAGGCAAGGGCUGCGUGAAGGUGUGGGAUGUGGGCCAGCCUGGCGCCAAGACACCAGUGGCCCAGCUGGACUGCCUGAACCGGGACAAUUACAUUCGUUCCUGUAAGCUACUGCCGGAUGGCCGGAGCCUUAUCGUGGGCGGUGAGGCCAGUACUCUGUCCAUUUGGGACCUGGCAGCGCCCACCCCCCGCAUCAAGGCCGAGCUGACCUCCUCAGCCCCCGCCUGCUACGCCCUGGCGGUCAGCCCCGACGCCAAGGUCUGCUUUUCCUGCUGCAGCGAUGGCAACAUCGUGGUGUGGGACCUGCAGAACCAGACCAUGGUCAGGCAGUUCCAGGGCCACACGGACGGUGCCAGCUGUAUUGACAUUUCUGACUAUGGCACUCGGCUCUGGACGGGGGGCCUGGACAACACCGUGCGUUGCUGGGACCUGCGGGAGGGCCGCCAGCUGCAGCAGCAUGACUUCAGCUCCCAGAUUUUUUCCUUGGGCCACUGCCCCAACCAAGACUGGCUGGCCGUCGGCAUGGAGAGCAGCAAUGUUGAGAUCUUGCACGUCCGCAAGCCAGAGAAAUACCAGCUGCACCUUCAUGAGAGCUGUGUGCUGUCCCUGAAAUUUGCCUCCUGCGGUCGCUGGGAGCUUGACCAGCCUGUGCCAGUGUCAGCCACGCCUCACCUCUGCCUUCUCUCCUCCCUCCUACAGUCCAAGGAAUCCUCCUCCGUGCUGAGCUGCGACAUCUCUGGGAAUAACAAGUACAUCGUGACGGGCUCAGGGGACAAGAAAGCCACGGUGUAUGAGGUGGUCUACUGACGGAACCCCUUCCUGCACUCGUGGGGAGAGGGUGCAGGAGAGACCCCAGCACCCCCCGCUCUAGUUGUACCUGUGGGCACCGGAUCUCAUCUGCUCUCUGGCCAACCCCCUCACAUCUUCCCCUGCUGGGUGUGGGGCCAGAUGGGCAGAGGGACUUUGGGGAAAUAAAUGUAUUUGUCAAAAUUUC